CUACUAGUUCGACUCUAUAUUUGCUGGAGCGUUUUACAUUUCUGCUUAAUAUGUCAAUUCGGUUGUUUACAAUUCCCGCCCGUUUCUUAAAUGAAUACCAGUAAACUGUUGUCAAUCUUGAGAAAAUGCAUUACUUUCAAGUCACUACCUCAAGGAAAACUCAUCCAUCAAAAAAUAGUCACUCUAGGCUUGCAGAACAACAUUGCCUUGUGCAAGAGCAUCAUAAAUUUCUAUUUUUCUUGCCAAUAUUAUGACUAUGCCAGACUAGUUUUCGAAAAGAUUGACAAUCCAUUAGAUAUCUCCUUGUGGAAUGGCCUUAUGGCUGCUUAUACCAAGAAUUGUAUGUACACUGAAGCUCUUGAACUUUUUGAUAGAUUAUUGCAGUACCCUUACUUGCAACCUGAUAGUUUUACCUACCCAAGCGUGUUAAAGGCUUGUGGUGGUUUAGGCAGAUAUGACUAUGGGAGAAUGAUACAUACCCAUUUGAUAAAAUCUGGAUUUGUGUUUGAUAUAGUUGUUGCGAGCUCUCUCGUGAGUUUAUAUGCCAAGUGCAAUUUGUUUGGGUAUGCUAUACAGCUGUUUGAUGAAAUGCCUGAGAGAGAUGUGGCAUGUUGGAAUACGGUUAUUUCUUGUUAUUAUCAAGAUGGUAAAGCUGAGAAAGCGCUGGAAAUGUUUGGGAAAAUGAGAGAUUCUGGGUUUGAGCCGAAUUCAGUGACGUUGACGACAGUCAUCUCAUCAUGUGCAAGGCUUUUGGACUUGGAAAGAGGGAAAGAGAUUCAUAGGGAAGUGAUGCAAAAUGGGAUGGUAUUGGAUGGUUUCGUUGGUUCUGCACUUGUGGACAUGUAUGGAAAAUUUGGUUGCUUGGAUUUAGCUAAAGACAUUUUUGAACAGAUGCCAAAGAAGACUUUGGUGGCUUGGAAUUCUCUGAUAGCGGGAUAUAGUUCUGCAGCUGAUAGUAAAGAAUGCAUUGAACUUUUUUGGAGAAUGAAUAUGGAAGGUACUAAACCAACUGUAACUACUUUAAGUAGCAUAUUAUUAGCUUGUUCAAGAGCUGCCCAUCUUCAACAUGGAAGAUUCAUUCAUGGAUAUGCGGUUAGAAACAGGGUUCAGCUUGAUAUCUUUGUUAGCAGUGGAUUAAUUGAACUAUACUUCAAAUGUGGGAAAGUCCAGUCAGCUGAAAACAUCUUCUACAUGUUGCCAAAGGCAAAUGUGGUUUUGUGGAAUGUUAUGAUUUCUGGGUACGUCACAAUAGGCGAUUAUGUUAAAGCACUUGACAUGUAUGAUGAGAUGAAAGUAGCCAGUGUGAAACCAGAUGCUGUAACAUUCUCUAGUAUCUUAUCAGCUUGUUCACAAUUAGCAGCCUUAGAAAAGGGUAAAGAGAUCCACAAUUGUAUCACUAAGAAUGAUUUAGAAACUAAUGAAAUAGUCAUGGGGGCUCUCCUUGACAUGUAUGCUAAAUGUGGCGCUGUCGAUGAAGCCCUUAGUGUUUUCAAUAAGUUGCCAGAGAGGGACCUAUUAUCAUGGACUUCAAUUAUUAGUGCAUACGGAUCUCAUGGCCAAGCCUUAGAAGCUUUGAGGCUUUUUGAAGAAUUGCAGCAAUCUAAAGCGAGUCCAGAUGCUGUUACUUUCCUUGCAGUGUUAUCAGCCUGUAGCCAUGCAGGAUUGGUUGAUAAAGGCUACUACUAUUUCAAUCAGAUGAUCACCAACUAUGGAAUUAAACCUGGACUUGAACACUACUCGUGCUUGAUUGAUCUUCUUGGACGUGCUGGAAGACUGCAUGAUGCUUAUAGCAUUCUUCAAAGCACUCCAGAAAUUACAGAGGAUGUUGGUUUGCUAAGCACACUGUUUUCUGCAUGUCAUUUACACAAAGAUGUAGAACUGGGGGAGGAAAUCGCAAAGCUGCUUAUUAAGAAAGCUCCUGAUGAUUCAUCAACUUAUAUUACUUUAUCAAAUCUGUAUGCCUCUGUCAAGAAAUGGGAUAAGAUGGGCACGGUGAGACUGAAAAUGAAAGAGCUAGGACUAAAGAAGAACCCUGGGUGUAGCUGGAUUGAGAUUGACAAGAGAAUCCAACCUUUCUUUGUCAAAGAUCAGUCACACUCUGAAGCAGAGAUGUUGCAUGACUGUCUUGUAAUUCUUUACAGUCACAUGCAAAAGGAUGAUAUCCUACCCUAUUAAAUAUCAUGCAGAGGAUGUCUGGAAGAAUCUAGUCAUUUUUAAAUUGGAAGGUUACUCUUCCCGCAAAAGAAAAUUUGAAGCUAAAGCAGUGAUGGCUGCCUUACAAUUCUUACAAUUCAUGGGGAGAAGGAUGACAUGAUUUCCUUGUAAAUUUAAAAGCAUUCUUUACCAAGGGAUACAAGAACAAAGCCAAGAAUUGAAUGUAAGAGGGAUUGACAGCAUUUUUUCAGAGUCUUCUACAGGGAGAAAGGCUAUUUAUGUAUGAAACUCUUAUGAUUCAGGAGAUCCCCUGCCCAAAUAGAGCUGAGAAGUAUUAUCUGUUGUAUCUUUCUGGCUCAUUAGCUGGUCUUUACUUGGAAGACAUGAAAUGAGGCGUUUCAUAAACAGCACUUGAAUUCACAAGUGUUCUCUCAGAUUGUGGAAUACAGUGCAAUCUUCCCAUAGAAGUGAAAAUUAAGCCUGAAGACUGAGAAAGCAAAUUGAAUGAGGGCUCUGAACCAACAGGAACAUCAAUAAACCUGUGGGUUACUAUCAUUAAUUUCCUUCCCUCAUUCUUUCUUUGCUUUCCCCUCUCUUAAUUCAUCUUUACAAAUGUAUCCUUCUUGUUAUAUAAACAUGCAAAAAAUCUUGUAUUACAUUCUUGACAAAGCUGCAUAUGCCUGAUUCCUGGAGCAUGUAUUGCCCCAGAUAUUUUAUUCACUACUUGUGUUAAUUUUGUUUCCAGUUAUUGUAUUAAUAUCAUUCAAAAUGAACAAUAAGGUUUCAUCAUAGA